AGCAGCCAAUUAGAGCUCUUGAGCAGCUAGAAAUAUUUUCUCCACCUACCCACUCUUCGCCCCUCCAGUCACACACACUAUAAGGCUGUUAGGGAUGUCCGUGUUCUAAUUGUUAGACUUCUGAAGCAGUCAUGAGGACAACUUGGAGCUGGCUCAUCUUUUGGCAUUUAACUCUGGCUGACUUGGCCAGUGCUUCCAGUGGUGAUGAAUGCCUGCCUUGCAUGCCCGUAUCCUUGGAUGUUCCAAAGCACGCCAAAUGGAUUACAAAGGAGAAAUGCCGGAAGCAUGGAAGUCAAGUAUAUGGCUAUUACAACAGCUCAGGCCUUUAUGCAGGUAACAAACCUGGACUUCCCAAAGUCAUAAAGCCCACUGACCCUAGGGUUCAAAAAGCAGCCAGGUUUGCAGUUGAAAGGUUUAACAACUGCACAAAUGACCUCUUCUUAUUCAAAGAACUUUGCAUUGAUGGAGCCAUGGUGCAGCUCGUGAAAGGACUCAAAUAUAUGAUUGAAAUGCACAUAAGCCGAACAAUUUGCAAGAAGAGGGAACAUUCCAACUUGGACAACUGUGACUUUCAGACAGAUAUAACUUUAAAACAGACAUUCAGCUGCUAUACUGAAGUUUGGGUCAUUUCCUGGCUCCAUAAGACUGAGGUGCUUCUUCUUCAUUGUCAGUGAUUUCCUUUUCAAAGAUAUUUUAUUUUUCCAAUUAUAUGUAAUAACAAUUUUCAACAUACAUUUUCCAAAAUUAUAAGAUCUGAAUUGUCUCCUUCCUUCCUUUGCCUACCCUCUCUUAGAUUUGGUAAGCAAGUUAAUCUGAGUUAUAUAUGCAUUAUCAUGCAAAAUAUACUUCAUAUUGGUCACUGUAACAAGAAAAUACUCAUAUAAAACAACCCCCCCCAAAAAAAAAACUAAAUAAGCUUAUAUUUAAAAUAAUAUGCUUUUAUCUGCAUCUGACUCCAAAAGUUCUUUCUCUGGAGGUGGAUAGCAUUCUUUGUCAUAAUUCCUUAAAAAUUGUCCUGGCUUAUUGUAUUGCUGAGAGUAGCUAAGCCAUCCCACAAUAUUGCUGUCACUGAGCACAGUGUUCCCCUGAUUCUACUUAUUUCACUCUGCAUCCAUUCAUAUAUAUCUUUCCAGCUUUUUCUGAAAUCACCAUCAUAUACCACAAUUUGUUCACCCAUUCUCCAAUUGAUGGAUAUGUCAAUUUCCAAUUCUUUGCCACCACAAAAAGAGCAGCUUUACAUAUUUUUGUACUAGUAGAACCUUUCCCCUUUUUUAUGAUAUCUUUGGGACAUUGUACCCAGUAGUGGUAUUACAAGAUCAAGGUAUACACAAAGGUAUACACAGUUUUAAAGCCCUUUGGAUAUAGUUCCAAAUUGCCAUCCAGAGUGGUUGGAUCAAUUCACAACUCCACCAAUAAUGUAUUAGUGUCACAAUUUUGCCACAUUCCCUCCAAAAUUUAUACUGUCAUAAUAGCAAAUCUGAUCACUUUCCGUUACUAUCAUAAUAGCCAAUCUGAUAAGGUAUGAGGUGGUGCCUCAGAGUUGUUUUAAUUUUUAUUUCUCUAAUCAAGGGUGAUUUUAAAUAAUUUUUAUAUGAUUAUUGAUAGUUUUGGUUUCUUCAUCUGAAAACUGCUUGUUCAUAUCCUUUGACCAUUUGUCAGAUGGAAAAUGGCUUGUAUUUAUAUAAAUUUGACUUACUUCUCUAUAAAUUUGAGAAAUUAGACUUUUAACAGAGAAUUUUGGUAUAAAUUUUUUUCCCAUUAAUUGUUUCCCUUCUCAUCUUGGUUACAUUGGUUGUUUGUACAAAAGCUU